CCAAAUUGUGAGCCACAACCGUGGCACCGGCUUUCUAAACACAAGGAGUUGCUUAGGCAGUGGCUCAGCAUCUCUGUGUGGGCCAAACUGGGUCCUGCCAUAGGCAACAUGUCGGCAGAAACGCCAAUAACCCUGAAUAUGGACACUCAGGAUCUGCAGAUCCAAACGUUCACUGUGGAGAAACUGCUGGAGCCUCUGAUAAUCCAGGUUACUACCCUGGUGAAUUGUCCGCAGAAUCCUUCCAACAGGAAGAAAGGACGUUCAAAGAGAGCCAGAGUUCUUCUAGCUUCCGUGGAGGAAGCAACUUGGAAUUUGUUAGACAAGGGGGAGAUGAUUGCUAAGGAAGCCACGGUUUUAAAGGAAGAGCUGGCAGCUGCACUCCAGGAAGUUCGAAAAGAGAGCAAAGCUCUGAAGGUAUCAGCUGAGAGAUUUACAGACGACCCCUGUUACCUCCCGAAAAGGGAGGCCGUGGUUCAAGCCGCCCGCGCCCUGUUGGCAGCAGUUACAAGACUCCUUGUUCUUGCCGACAUGAUUGAUGUCAUGUGCCUCUUGCAGCAUGUGUCAUCUUUCCAAAGAACAUUCGAGUCUCUCAAAAAUGUUUCCAACAAGUCCGACCUCCAGAGAACCUACCAGAAGCUCGGGAAGGAGCUGGAAAGCCUGGAUUAUUUGGCCUUCAAACGCCAGCAGGACCUAAAAUCUCCAAGCCAGAGGGAUGAAAUUGCAGGGGCCCGGGCCACCUUGAAGGAGAACUCCCCACUCCUGCAUUCUAUUUGUUCAGCAUGCUUGGAACAUUCCGAUGUUGCUUCGCUCAAAGCCAGUAAGGACACCGUCUGUGAAGAGAUCCAGAACGCUCUUGAUGUAAUUUCAAAUGCUUCCCAAGGCAUCCAGAAUGCGCCAGCGCCCCCUGAACCUCAGGCAGCAACACUGGGAAGUGCUUUUGAUGAGCUGGAGAACUUAAUUGUCCUGAACCCACUCACAGUGACAGAGGAAGAUGUAAGACCAUCACUAGAGAAACGCCUAGAAGCCAUCAUCAGUGGGGCCGCACUGUUGGCCGACUCGUCCUGCACCAGGGACCUCCACCGGGAGCGGAUUAUCGCCGAGUGCAAUGCCAUCCGCCAGGCUCUCCAGGACCUGCUGACGGAGUACAUGAGUAAUACUGGAAAAACAGAAAGGAGUAAUACCCUGAAUACUGCCAUUGUCAACAUGAGCAAGAAGACAAGAGACCUCCGCAGACAGCUCCGCAAAGCUAUCAUAGAUCACAUAUCAGAUUCUUUCUUGGAUACAACAGUUCCACUCCUGGUCCUCAUUGAAGCUGCGAAGAAUGGCCGAGUCAAGGAAAUCAAAGACUAUGCUGCCAUAUUUCAUGAGCACACUGGCAGGCUCGUGGAGGUGGCAAAUCUGGCUUGUUCCAUGUCAACGAAUGAAGAUGGGAUUAAAAUCGUCAGAAUUGCAGCCAAUCACCUGGAGACCCUGUGUCCACAGAUCAUAAAUGCUGCACUUGCUUUGGCAUCAAGACCCAAGAGUCAAGUGGUCAAAAACACCAUGGAAAUGUACAAGCGCACAUGGGAACACUACAUCCACGUCCUCACUGAAGCUGUAGAUGACAUCACCAGCAUUGACGACUUUCUGGCUGUAUCUGAAAGCCACAUCCUGGAAGAUGUCAACAAAUGCAUUAUAGCCUUGAGAGAUCAGGAUGCUGAUAAUUUAGACCGAGCUGCCGGUGCCAUCAGAGGACGGGCCGCAAGAGUAGCUCACAUCGUUGCGGGUGAAAUGGAUAGUUACGAACCCGGCGCUUACACCGAAGGUGUGAUGAGAAAUGUCAACUUCCUUACAAGCACUGUGAUCCCGGAGUUCGUGACACAAGUGAAUGUGGCCCUAGAUGCUUUAAGCAAGAACUCUCUGACUGCGCUUGAUGAUAAUCAGUUUGUGGACAUCUCCAAGAAGAUCUAUGACACAAUCCAUGAUAUCAGGUGUUCGGUCAUGAUGAUUCGGACACCAGAGGAACUAGAGGAUGUUUCUGACCUUGAAGAUGACCAUGAGGUCCGUAGCCACACCAGCAUUCAGACAGAAGGGAAAACUGAUCGGGCCAAGAUGACUCAACUGCCUGAGGCAGAAAAGGAAAAGAUUGCUGAGCAAGUCGCCGACUUCAAGAAGGUGAAGAGCAAGCUGGACGCUGAGAUUGAGAUAUGGGAUGACACAAGCAAUGACAUCAUUGUUCUUGCCAAGAAGAUGUGCAUGAUCAUGAUGGAGAUGACCGACUUCACGAGGGGGAAAGGACCACUAAAGCAUACCACUGAUGUAAUCUAUGCAGCUAAAAUGAUAUCAGAGUCAGGAUCAAGGAUGGAUGUUCUUGCUCGGCAGAUUGCUAACCAGUGUCCAGAUCCACCGUGCAAACAGGACUUGCUGGCUUACCUGGAACAGAUUAAAUUCUACUCCCACCAGCUGAAAAUCUGCAGUCAAGUUAAAGCAGAGAUCCAAAAUCUGGGGGGAGAACUCAUCGUAUCAGCUUUGGACAGUGUCACCUCCCUGAUCCAGGCAGCCAAGAAUUUAAUGAAUGCUGUAGUGCAAACAGUGAAAAUGUCAUACAUUGCCUCCACCAAGAUCAUCCGCAUCCAGAGUUCUGCAGGACCCCGGCACCCAGUAGUCAUGUGGAGGAUGAAGGCUCCGGCUAAGAAGCCCUUGAUUAAAAGAGAGAAGCCAGAAGAAACAUGGGCAGCUGUCAGAAGAGGCUCUGCCAAGAAAAAGAUCCACCCAGUUCAAGUCAUGAGUGAAUUCAGAGGGAGACAAGUCUACUGAAUACCCUCAUCCACUCUAGUGCCCAUUUCUACACCCCAGGCUAACCACACUGCUUUAUUUCAUGGUUCAUUGGUUCUUUAAUUUCACCAAGUUUCAGAGUUAAGCUCACAAAUAACAUAAAACAUUGGGGUUAAACAAGUGUGUAAGAUGUGUGUUUGGGAUCUUGUCAUUGUGUACUCUAUACGGCCAGCACAACCUAGUUAACUGGUUGGUAGUACCUAGGAAAUAAAACUCACGGGUGUUGCUUACCACUACCCUUCAGAGGGAAGACUUAUGUUCAUUACAAAAUGAGCGUAAGUGAUAAUGUGAGUUCCUAUUACCCAGAAAUGUCUGCACCCAUGCAUUCUAUAUCCCUGGGAAGGAAAACCCUGACAUACGCUUUGCACUUGCAUUUUGCUAGACAUAAAAGAGUUUAUCAACUAUUUUCCCAAUUAGCAUCCAUACUUUCUUUAACCCACCUAACCUUGCAUCUAACCUGCCAAAAAUGUGUCACCCUAGCCCUGGGAAAUUUUAAUCACUGUUCAUCAUGAAUAGGUUAGAUACCUGUAACCGAGUGGGUGUGGCCAACCUUCUUCCUAGAAUUUAAAAGUCAGGCAUGUUAUUCAAGAAGUGCUUUGAUGACCCUCUGUAGGCUGCCAUCUUGGAACAUAAUGCUUGAACCUUGUAUUUCUAUAGUGAUCAGAAGUUCUGGACUCUUAGUAUUGGGCUUAUCAGAGCAUACCUGUAGAGUCAUCACCCACUGGAGAAGUGAAUUUUUGUUUGUUGUUGGUGUGGGGUUUUUUUUGUUUAUUUGUUUGUUUGUUUUUGGUAUUGGAAAUAAAACAUUUCACAUUCUAGGCAAGCACAUUCUAAUCCUGAGCUACACACUCGGCCCUUCUGUUAGAGAAAUGAGACCCUGAGUUACAGCAAAGAGUUAAGUCUACAAUCAUGGACAGAUGAGGAAUGCUUCAUGAUUCUAAAAAUCUCUUUUUAUCUGCUGGAAACUGUAAUUAAAAUGAGAGACAAGUGUGCGAAGUAUUUUGGCAGUGAGUAAAAUCUACCACCCAACAACUCAAACUUAGUUUUAUGUCAGUGAGUUUGGCACCUUAAUAACCACCUUUAAAUGAAUGGCAUUGGGUUAUUUUAUAUGACGAGAUUAUGAAGGAAUCUUUAAUAGUUUAACAGAGUAGUGCAUAAUGGCUAUAACCCCUUUCUGUUCCGUACUUCCUCUUUUUCCCCAUCCCUUUCUUCACAGGAUACUGAGUAUAAGUUGUAUUGGAAGACAAAGGUUCAGUUGACCAUGUCACAUUCAAAAGGUUAUUUCUCCUUUCAUUUUACUAUAUUAGAAUUCUGCUAUAAUCAAGGCUCUUCACUACACAACCCUACCCUUAAAGGGUCAUCUUGACACUUGAUUGAUCUAAUAAGAUUUCUAUAUAUAACACAAAUUGGUUUAAGGAGGGACACUCAUUCAUGAAGCAAAAGAAAGUGUUUGUUUGGGAAUACAGUGUAUAUGCUCUUGAACAAAACAGAAUCAAAACCAAAACCAAUGUUGGGCAAAUGAUUCUCAGUUAUGAGGUAAAUGUUCACUCUCUCUUAAUAUACUGAAUUGUUUCAUUCUUCCAAAGUACUGGGUUGGAAAGGUAAACUUCCUAGGAGCUGGGGGAAGUCCAUUCGUUUCUCCUCUCAUCUUGCCCAUAAUAAUUAUUAUGGACAAAGUGUACUCUCAUGAUGAUAAGCAAUGAAAAAUGAGAUUAGAUCUUCCAGGCAAUGCUGGCUUUCAGUGCUACCUGCACAACUGAGACAAAUAGAGAGCCUCUAUUAUUGAAAUCCUACCAUGGUGUUCUGCACUAAAUGAAGUGCAAUUUUAGCAAGGCUUCUUUUGGGUGUAAUGCAGAUUUGUAAUUUGGGGAGCAAUGAAAUUUCUCAAAAAUACACAAGCAAACCCCACUGCAUCACUAGCUUUGUAUACUAGGGACUGGCCUUACAUAGGCCAGAAUUGUAAACCUCUUUUGCAAAACCCACUGUUCCUCUGGUCCCAAAUCACCAUUCUACAUAUUGGAAUUUAGCGUGAAAUACUGGGAAAAAUUAACUGACAUCAUUUUAAAUAAUACACAUACCAGAUAACUUUACCCAAAAAUGAGAUAUGAUCAACGCCUUUGCUUUCAUACAGAAUCCUAGGUAAGCUCAAAAUAGACAGCUAUAAUUAAACAAAACAAUAAAACUGUUGAAGUGGUGAAUGCCGAGGGUGUACAUUUUGUGGCAAUCAAAGGUGCGAUAAAAAUAAGAAGCAUAAAACUUAGAAGGACAUCUGUCUACCUGAGAAGUACCUGCAGUGCCAGAUUGUUUGUUGGAUUCAAACACUAGGAGAUGCCAACAUCAUCAGAACAGGAAGGGCUAGAAGGGUGCUGGCAAGUGCAUACAUUAUAGAGCACAAUUACAUAGUGCAGUAUUCUCUCAUAAACAUAUUGUUAUAUAGCAUGGAGGUUUAUUACUUUUGGCUUUAUAAUGUUUUUCAUUCUUAUUAUUUGUUUUUCUCUUGAUUUCAAUCCAGCCAUAUUUCCCUUAAUAUAUCUUACUACAUUU